AGGACGCUGGUCAUCUGUCUCGAUGGCACGGGCGACCAGUUCGACGGCGACAACAGCAACAUUGUCGCGUUCGUCGCCUGCUUGAUCAAGCACUCUCCAGCGCAGCAGGUUACGUAUUACCAAUCUGGAAUCGGGACGUACGACAGCGGUGGCCUGCAGAAUGGGAUCGCUGCCGGGUUGGACAUGGCCGUCGGGAGUGGUCUGGGCACCCACAUCAAGGACGCGUACCGCUUCCUCAUGCAGAACUACCGCCAUGGCGACAAGAUCUGCCUGCUCGGCUUCUCUCGUGGCGCAUACACCGUGCGAUGCCUGGCCGGGAUGUUGCACAAGGUCGGUCUGCUGCCCGCGAGCAACCGGUCCCAGGUGAACUUCGCGUACGACUUCUACAAGGACGAGACAGACGAGGGCAAGAAGCUCGCCGAGGGGUUCAAGCACACCUUUUGCACGCACGUGGACGUCUACUUCCUGGGUCUCUGGGACUGCGUCGCAAGUGUUGGCUUCUUCCCAAGGAAGCUGCCCCUGAGCAAGAGCCCCCCCGCCAACACGGUACGGUUCGUCAGGCAUGCCAUGGCUCUGGACGAGCGCAGGGCCAAGUUCAAAGUGUGCCAGUGGAACCAGGACGACCCGGGCGCGCCAGCCGGGUUACCUUCAGCAUCCACAACGCUACAAGCCACCAAAGGAGAGAAACAGGGUGACAACGCCUCGUGCAGCGACAACGACACCAUGAACUCCCUCGCCCGCCGGCACGACGAGGACUGCCGCCACCGCCACGACUUCGACACGGACGUGCUCGAGGUGUGGUUCAAGGGCGCGCACGCGGACGUGGGCGGCGGCUCGGUGGAGAACGAGGCGCGGCACAUGCUCUCGCGGAUCCCGCUGCGGUGGAUGAUCCGGCAGUGCUUCGAGUGCAACACGGGGAUACUGUUCGACACGGAGCGGCUGGCGCAGCUGGGGCUCGAUGUCCACGGGCUCUACCCAAAGUACCAGAAGCUCGAUCGUUCCGAGCUCGAUCGCGGUGGAGGUCAGCCUGACCAGCGGCUGAUGCGCAAGUACAAGCAGGAGACGCUGGCGCCGCUGGACUGGCGGUCUGCAGUGCUGAAUAUUGAGCGUGAAGGGAGGAAGGAUGACGGGAAGUCUGCUCCCAAGCAGACCGUGGAAGACCAGGCAGCGGUCAUGGACAAGGCACAGUACAUCCUCCCGUCGGAGGUGGCGGAGGACUACUUUGACUCGCGACAAGAGCCGUGCGACAUGCUCAGAAAGAAGAGGAUGUGGUGGAUCGUCGAGAUCUGGCCGGUAAAGAUCCGCGUACUCGUGCAGAACAAGACCGCCUGGGCCAAGAAGGUCCGCUUGAACUUGGGCCGGCACCGCGCGGUGCGAGAGACCAGGCCACAUCUGCACUGGACAGUCCAGCGAUUGAUUGACAAUGAAGAAUACAAGAUUCAAGGAAGGAGGACGAAUGGCACGGUGUUCAAGGACGUCGUAUAGUUUCAGGAGUCGCUUUCCAAAGAUGGAUGAUGCUAUUUUGUAGUCUAAGAAUACCAACGCUUGCUGUUAUUAAAUAAAAAUGAGACCGUCCUGAC